UGUCAGGCACUCCACGGUCAACCCCGCCAAACAGAAACAUUUGGGGUCCUUUCACUUCACGUGUGCGCCUGCUGCUCUACCAUCGUGAGAGGAAACCAUGCCGAAGUCAAAGAGGGACAAGAAAAUUUCGUUAACGAAAACCGCCAAGAAAGGGCUGGAGUCAAAACAGAAGUUAAUCGAGGAGUUACGGAAAUGUGUAGACACCUACAGAAACCUGUUCAUAUUCUCCGUGGCCAAUAUGAGGAAUAACAAGCUGAAAGACAUCAGGACGGCAUGGAAACACAGCAGAUUCUUCUUUGGCAAAAACAAAGUCAUGGUUGUUGCUUUGGGAAAAAGAGAUACAGACGAAUACAAAGAUAAUUUGCACAAGGUCACCAAGUAUCUGCGCGGAGAAGUGGGUGUACUAUUCACAAAUAAAACAAAGGAUGAAGUACAAGAGUAUUUCAGUCAUUUCAAAGAGAUGGAUUUCGCUCGCGCAGGCAAUCAGGCACAGAUGGACAUAACUCUUGAUGAGGGACCUCUUGAACAGUUUCCUCACUCAAUGGAACCACAGUUGAGGCAGUUAGGACUUCCCACGGCUCUGAAGAAAGGAGUAGUAACACUGCUGAAAGACCAUCAAGUCUGUAAGGAAGGAGACGUGUUGACUCCAGACCAGGCUCGGAUUCUGAAACUCUUUGCCAUUGAGAUGGCAGAAUUCAAAGUGCAGGUCAAAUGCAUGUGGAACUCAGAAACAGGAGAGUUUGAGAACAUUGCCGGAGGGGAAGAACCAAUGCAGGAUGAUGACGAUGAUGACGGUGAAGAUGAUGACGAUGCAGAAUGAAACUUCUGCAAGGACCUGAGCUUGUACACAUGUUUUAAUGUCAGUUUUGCCUUCAAUAACAGAGACAUUUAUUUUUUUUUAAACUUUCAUCUUUCACCAUGAAUUUGGGCUCUGGACUGAGUUGUUGUUUGGUAAAAACUGGACUGGAGUCAAAAGAAUCACUCUUGUACAUGUAGUUAUGUUGAUGCUUUUUUUUUUUUUUUUCAACAUUUGCCAUUACAUUGUGGGAAAGGCUUGUACUGCAAGCAAAUACUUUCAUUCAAACAAUUAAACACAUUACCAUUAAUGCGUUAAGCCAA